AUCCGGGUAUUUGGGCGGGGCCUCACCUGUGAGGCGGCUUGUUUUGCCCCACGCCUUGAUGGUUUCUUCGUGGGUCUUUUCCCGAGCAGGUUAAGACAAAACUUUUGGCUGCAAGACUUCUAUUUUUAUGUUCCAGAGUGCGCAAAAGAUGCCCUCAAACAACAAUAAGGAAGCAGUGAGUGCAGCUGCCAGGAUGGCCAAGCUGCCUGCAGUUCGCUCUGCUUGUGCAGCUCUGUCCAUUCUGUACAAGGACGUAAAGGGCAGCAGCCCCGGUGUGAGGGUCCUGUGUGAGGCGCUAGAGAGCAGGGUGGGCGCUCUGAGCACCGAGGCCUGCAGCCGAGCCUCACCGCUCAUGGACAAACUGGAGAACCAGAUUUCCCUUGCAAAUAAUGUUGCAUGCAAAAGUUUGGAUUGGCUUGAAGCAUCUUUCCCCAUCAUUCAGUCGCCCACUGAUCAGGUUGUGGCCUCGGCCAAAACCAAGAUCCAUGAGAUCCGGGGAAAGGUGAGCAUCGCAGCGUCUGGAACUGUGGAGUGUCUCCAGCACACAGUGUCCUGGAUUGUGACCAGGAUGCUUCCGGCUGAUGGAACGACCCAGUCUGUGGCAGAACGGGCGCUCUCCCUGGCAAAUAUGGGCCUGGACUUUUCUGAGGCUCUGCUGGACCACGUGUUGCCUCCAACUGAAGAGGAGAACGAAGCAAAAGCCCACUUGGUUGAGGGGUUUGAAGGCGGGAGUGGCAGGGAAAGAUCCCGGAUCGUUUCCCUUUCUGUUAAACUGUAUAGGAGAACGUACCACGUUGUCAUCUGCAAGGUCCAGUCUUUUCAGGAUCUUCAAACCACCUGGAAACUUCAAGAACUGCAAAAAUACAUGCAGCACCUGGCCGUCAGCGCAUUUUUCUUCAUCACUCAGAUGUACAAUUUAGGCCAUCUGUCCCCUGAACGGAAGCAGUCUCAAAGCAGAGGUCAUCCUAUGGUCCUGUCCAAACCCUACAAGAAUACCUGCUGGAAGACCACACCUGCUCUCCGGCUGAGACCUGCCCGAACUUCCGCGCUGCACAACGGCUGCUGAGAAAAUGUGACUCGCUGUUGACUACUUGUUCCUAGAAAACUGUCUAAUAAAAGAUUCAGAUUUA